UUUAUUUUAUUCGAUUCCCAUUUCCUUUUUCUCUUAGUUCUCCAAUUUUUUCUUCUUUGCAGUUUUGUAGGUUCCCUGUUUCUAUGGAUUUGUAAACUCUGUCCAUUUUGCUGCGAAUUCGAUUUCAUAUCAGCCUAUAUUGAAACUCGUCCUGCUUCUAGAUCCAUGUCAAUGCCUCACGAGGACAGUGCAUCUUCACAUACUCAGCUUUCAUUUAAUUUGUUUGGUGAUCUCCUGGAUUCCGUGAUUGCCGAUGUUGCAUCGGAAUGUCAUCGAAUAGCAAGGUUAGGUCUUGAUCGUAACUUAGAAGAGGAAGAAGAAGAACUAAGACUUUCAUCACAGGCACGUGAAAGAGUAGCUGAUUCUUGCAAUAGCAGUGAGGCAAAUGGGAAAUAUGUAGUUGAUAUUUUUGGACAAACUCAUCCUUCUGUCGCGAACGAAAUAUUUGAUUGCAUGAAUUGUGGUCGAUCAAUCAUGGCUGGGAGAUUUGCCCCUCACUUAGAGAAGUGCAUGGGAAGGGGUCGAAAGGCUCGUCCCAAAGUAACAAGAAGUAGUACAGCUGCACAGAGCCGGGGAGGAGUACUCAAAUGGUACAUCCGAAGACCCAUGAACAAGAAAGAAGGCGGUCCAAAUUAUUGCCACUCUAUGCAUCAGUGAUCUCCACGUUCCACUUUCAUUUGCUCAAAGAUUUCAAGUCUGAUUGCAGGGACCAUCGUGCGGUGCCUGGAAGCUUAUGAGACCUGAAUGGCUGAUUUCUUCUGUGUGCAUAUUGAACAAGAGUUGUGUUCAGAUACGUCUCUCUCAUACAAACAAUUCUUAUUUCUGCAAUACAAUUGCUUUGAAUUUUCGACUGCCAAACUUUUCAAUACUUAGGCUAAUAACAAAGGAAACGUUUGGUAA